CACUCAUUGUGCACAAUGUAUCCCCGCUGCAUUGCUUGUAGCACUCAGCACAAGUCAUUAGUGCUCUCUGAAACUUUAUCACAAAAGGUUCCGGAUUUCAUUGAGUGUGCAAGAUAACUCCUUGUUAGAAAUCUAGAGACAGGAAAACGUGGGAGGAGAAGUGGAUGCAUCACAAUAUUUCCCAGCAGGGAGAGAACAAAAAAGGACCACAGAGCUGUUAAGGUUUUAAAAACCCUGAAAAACUCCAAUAUUAGGCAAAUCAUGGAUGAUAAUCAAAGUGAGGAUCCUCGGCAAUGAACUGCAAAGAAUCAAACCAGUAGCUGUACCCUUUUGUUGACUAGUUCAGGACUGUCGAUGUAGCAAGGAGAUUCUCGCUUAUCAGUAAGUAACCACUUGCAGUUUGUUAGCCAGCGUAGCGGUCAUUGCUCAUUUCCCCCAGCUGUCUUGAAGUUCCAAGAAAAGCACAGAUUUAAGAAACAAGGCUGUAAGAUGUUCGAGGGCUCCAACCAGACACUCUGCAGCGUUUGCUGCUGUACAACUUUUCACAGGAUCCUUACCAUCGUUUUUAUGAUACUUUUGGUUGUGGCAAUUUUGUUUGGAAACUCAGUGGCUCUUGUGGUUUUCUUGGGGACGAAGCAUUUUCGUACCCCACAAGGUUACCUAAAAACGUCUUUGGCUGUGGCUGACCUUGCCGUGGGCUUGUUCGUGGUACCCUUUUCUGUGUAUGUGGAAAUCUCGCUCCUUUUGAAUGACUUUUCAACAGAAAACAGGACUCGGGCAGAAUAUGUGUCUUGGGGCUUUUCUUGCUAUGUAAUUGGUCCCAUAUUUGCUGGUUGCACGUUGGUCUCAAUUACCACUAUAUCCCUUCUGACCGUUGAGCGAAGCAUCGCAGUCCUCAAACCUUUGCACAAGGAGGUGGUUAUUACUAAAGGACGGACAGUCUUUCUUAUAAUCAUGUCUUGGCUCACUAGCUUUUUUCUGGCAAUGUCCCCAAUGAUUUUCAGUGGAGAUAUUAUUCUGGAAUACAACUUGUGCAGUAGGAUGUGUAAUUAUGCUCUGCUGGCUGGCUCGCCACCUAAUGCAUGGAAUAUCCUGAUACUUUUUCCAGCUUUUGACUUUACUCUUCUUGGGGGGACUGUAGUAAUCAAUAUUUUGUCAUUGACAACUAUUAGACAACACUCAAACAGGCGAAAGUUGUUGGCCGUGGUAGACACUCAGGGAAAAAUCACGAGACCUUCUUUUUCCGAUAUUAAAGCAGCUAAAACGAUUGGCACCUUGACACUUGCCUUUACCGUGUCGUUCACCCCUGUUGCGGUGCUGGUGGUUGGGAAUGUCUUGGGGUACCAGUGGUGUGAUUUUUCCUUUUUUUCCUUUUGGAUUCUAACAACAAACAGUUGUUGGAAUGUGAUCAUCUACAGCAUAAAAGACAUGAAAUUCCGACAAAGAGCUCACCAUUUUCUGAUUUCUCCUAAAGUACCCAAGCCGGUGAUUUCUAGCAAAGCCAAUACUCAAUAAAGCAAUAUCGCCUUUGCCUGCCUAGAUCCACCAAAGCACAAUGCUCCAGGGUUCAGUCCCCUACACAGCCAUUCAGAAUAUGCACUUGCUACACUGAAAAGAAAACUGUCCAUGUGGAGGUUUACGAAUACAUUUCAUGUUUAAAGUGCAGCAGCAAUUUUAUGCAUAGUCAGGAUUUUACUGUAAAAUGUUUUUGCAGAGACGAUUAUUUUUAGCAGCUUGUCACAGAAUUCCUAAAGGUGCAAAUAAAUUGAUUUAACAAAGUGAGGAGAGAUCUGUACAUGCGUUACUGGAUCAAUAGAACAGGAGAUCAGCACUCUGAGAAUUAAAACUCACUGCUGAGUUACUUUAUAAAACGUAAAGGGAUUACCGGAAAUCUUUAAUACAUUUAUAUAAAUACAGCUAAAAGCAUUAUGUUUUUUCUAUUUGCACGAGUUUAUAUUGAAAACUCACUGUAAUGCAUUUUGCGUACUAACCCACAUUUAACAUAAAGUAAUGCUAUUAAAAUAUAGGAUUUUAUCUGAAAGACUUGCAGAAUGUAUUGCAUAAACGUUUGGAAGUCUCAACGCUAUUUAUGUUGUUCAAAGAUGCAAGUGUUGGUUUCUUUGGAACGUGUCCAGUAACCCCUCUUACACACUGGGUUGCCUAAAGUCAUAACCGAAUAACUUAUUUCCCGGAGUUAGGACGGAUAGAUAGUGUCUGCAAAUGUAACACAAAAAAAAUGUUCAGGCAUGUGUUUUCUGUCUCGUCUGGCACGUCCCAUGGACGUUGUGUAAUUGUGUAGUAAGUGACCAUUUUAUAAAAUAAAUCCGACAUGUCAUGCUAUGAA